AAAUUAAUUGGCUCCAAACACCUUACGGUUAAAAACGAAAAAAAAAGACAUCGUUCUAAAGAUCGAUCAACGUGUGCGGAGAUAAUUGCGUGACGAUAAUGAGACCGGUUUAGAGGUAUCGCGUCGAUACCGAGCGGAAAUCAUGAUUCAACAAUGAAGAAACAAGGUUGAGAGAUUCAACGAACGCAAAAGCGUCUGCGAAUCAAGAGUGAAAUGUUCCUGCCGGCUGUUUCUGAACGCGGAAUUGCGAAGAGAGGUCCGUGUGGAGGAGAAUAACGGUUAGAAAAUUAGACGCCGGUCUGCCUCGAGGCAACUUACAUUUUCUACCAGGGACUAGACGUGCAGAAAAUCGUGAGAGAGAGAGAGAGAGAGAGAAAGAGAGAGAAAGGAAGAGACUCUAACCUCGUCAAGAACAAAGUGAAGUCAAAGCUAAGAAAAACGUGGGGUCGAGCGAGAGUAAUCAGCACGCGCCAUUCUAAUGGAUAUGAUUAUAAAAAGAGUCAAUUUUUAAAUAUUAUUCCACCAUUAUGAAAAUGUCUCAUUUAUAUGCCUGUUGCAAAAUAUGGAAAGAAAAAAUUGUUUUUAUAAAAUAAUUUAAAUGUUGUAUUUCUAUGUGUCCAAGAGAAAUUUUACUUAUAGUAAUUUCAGAGAUCAAUUUCAAGAACGAGAAAGCUAAAUUAAUUAAACGCUUGCUAAUCAAUUUAACGUGUAGGGCAUGAGAGUAGAACGCGCGCAAUCAAGGAAUAACAUUGACGUAGAAACGAAGAUGUUGAUUCAAACAAGAAUAGUAUUACAGGAGAAAUUAUGCUCGUUUACUUAGGAGAAAUUGACCACGCAGCAUGCAAUCGAAGAACCUGUUCUCACAGUGUGUGUGCAAACAAACAAAUAAUCUUAGAAAUCACUCUCUCAAUAAAUAAAUCUGAAAAAGAAAGAUAUGUGGUUGAAAUUCUAACCAGAACCAUUAAUUCAAUUAAUUGACGUCACUCAUACACGUGAAAGACUUUUGUAGGUAGUAAUUUUAAAGAUAAUUUCUAUUUGAAGAAACGCUCAUCGUAGAGUAUUCGAAAUCGAUUUGACUGACGAAGGUCUAAAGGCAGCUAAGGCAUACGCAAGUAAAUUGACAAAAAGAGACAUCAUUUCGAUAGAUUCGCCUUCGAAUACAUCGUGAAAAGUAUCAAUUUGCGAGAAAAUACGCGGAAGGUGGGACGCCGAGCCAAGGUUCGCGAAAACGCGUGGCUGAUAGGUCAAAGAUCGCAUCGAGGACAGAGAGAAAGGACCGUGAAAGUUACGAAGCGGAGGUAGAAGAAAAGCCGACUUGAAAAGUGGAUGGUGCGUCCCGGAGACGGAGGGACCGUCGUAAAGGUGAUUCUCAAGUAGCAUUUUAACCCCCGGUCCCACGAAAGGAAUAAAUAAAUAAAGAGUUCGGCGCCUACGUCGAAGGGAGAUAAAAGCGUUAGGAAAGUAAGGCGGCGAAGUGGGCGCGAAGAUGAGCAGGCAAAGUGUACCACCCCCAGGCAUCAAUUCCUGCGAGAGGAUCAGGCCGGAGCGACCCAGAAAUACGAUACAGAGGCUGGUAUGGGGUCCCGGAACGCAGUUCCAGGUCGGUCAUAUCGGCAUCCCGGAGGAUGAGGGCUCGAAUCCGCGGAUGGCAUUAAGAAGACUGCUAAGAUUGUAUGAGGGCAGACAGUAUAGGGAAGCAGCCGGGUUCCUAAUGAAGCUGCCGCAUUACACCUUAAAGACUGCAUUGCCGGAUAUUCCGGUGGACCUGUUGAUCGAAACUCUACCGCACAGCCUCACCUUGCUGGAGGCGCUCUAUUCCCGAUUGGUGGAACUAAACGUCAGCGACACGAAGAUCCUGCGGAUCGAGCAGGUCCUCUGGAGGAUAGUGCACCUGAUAUCGACCAGUCAAGAUCACUUCCGACCGCGAAUCUGGUGUAAACUUCUCGUGUCAUUGAACAGAUUAUCGCCCAACACGAAGAACGCGCUGUUAUCGAGGAAACGUGCCCUAGAGAGAGCUGUAGAAGGACUCGGCAAGCACGGACUGGUGCCUUCCUCGCAGACAAAUAUCUCCGAGAAUUCCGUUACACCGAAUUUAGUACCAUUGCCGAUGGCACUGAAAGAGGAACUCGAGACACGAAUGGAAGCGUACAAAUUGGCGUUGCACAAGAUCGAGAAUUUCGGCAAACACGCUGGGACCAAUAAAGCGGAUCAAGGUGUACAGGCGGCUUCGCAUCAGCGGCAGCUUUCCCUGAAGUACAGCGAGAUCCAGCAGCGGCUGAUCGAUAAUCAAAGCCUGUUGAACACCUUGGAGAAAGCGGGCGGGCCGUGUAGCCUGGAGAAUCUACUAGCGGAGCUGAAGCACCGGGUCGAGCAAGAUAAGGAGGCGCUCCGGCAAUGGACGGCCUUGAGGAAAUCGACGUCCGGAUCGACGAAUGCGAAGAAUCCGGCUCUCGCCGCCAGACUGUUGCAGUUUUCGCGGGGCUGCGCGCUCGCCCUACAGCUCAUGAGCGAAGAUAAUCCGCAGGUUUUCCAUUUGGACGAAAAUCUCGGCGAUGACUACGAGGAGGAGUCCAGCAGCGCUGGCUACCACACGGACGAGAGUUGUAGCCCGACUCCGGAGCCGGUUGUAACGGGUAGUAACUGCGAGGUACUCAGCGUGGAGGAAAAUUGCUCGGAUUUAACCUCGACGAGUAUCACAGUGGAACAGCUCGCCGAGAGGUACGGCGCACUCUACGCCCAGGCCAACUUGCAUACCCUGGAUGCCCUGGACGCCCUGGAGUCCCUCAAGGACGCUCCUGAUUUAAAAGCGAAGAUUCUCUACUCGGUGGUGGUGCUCUCGUGGCGUCUAGCCGGCAUGGUCCAGACGUCGAGGCGCCUGGAAGCCUUGAAAAUCCUGAACGGCGCGACCGCGGCCCAGACGGCGGCGGCGACUCCAGAGCUCGAUGAAUGCAUAAAGCGACAGCUGGCCACUUCCGGGGCGCAAACCGGUUCCCGCGAGGUCGCCGAGCAGGUGGUCAACCAGUUGGAGAGGACACUGUACGACUUUCCGUGUCUGCGUGGCUGCGCCGAGGUCAAGAAUUACGCCACCGCGUGCUCCACUUUGGCCUGGGCGUGCCUGGCACGUUCCACGCCGUUGGUGCUCGAUGCGGCGCAAAGUCUGGAGUUUCGCCGAGAGAUACACGUGAGGCAUCACGCCUCGCCGAAUCCGCACGGGACCAGGAUCAGGUCGGUCCUGUGGCCGGGACUUCGGGAAGGUUGUCAAGGUCCCUGCCUUCACAGAGCCGUUGUCCUAACUUGUUAAAGUACUGCGACUUUUCUAUAAAAAAAAAAAGAAAAGAAAUUCAUGCAGAAUUGUCUUUCAAAAACAUAUUCAUGAUACGAAAACAUUUUUCACAUACAUAAAAUUUUUUAAGUGCAAGUAGUCUCCACACUGUAGAAAUCAGCCCCAGGUAAAUGAAACUGUACAAUAAUUUUCUAAUGAUUUAAUUAAAUAUAAAUUAAUAAUAAAAUAAUAUACUCAUAUAUUUAAUAAUCGCAGAACAAUUUAUCUCCGUUUCAAAUAUCUAUUUUAAUAUAUUUUGAAGAAAAGUGUCAAUAAAACUUAUGCAGAUUUACAUAACACAUUUACAUAACACAUAAUUAUAGCAUGACACAAAUAAUUCAAAUUUGUGCAAUUAUCAAUUUACAAUUUACAGACGUAUAUAACCGUCUCUCUGUAGUGUUUUCAGAAGUGCAAUUUGACAACGAAAAGAGAGAGAUGUACGUAGGUCGAACUCGCUAAUUGAAUGUACGGUGAAAGGCAGAGACAAUAACGCGUGGGAUGCUGCACCGCAGCAUGCUCCAAUUUCAUUCGCGCUUAUGAUAUGCAUUCUACACCGUUGACACUUGACGCCGCAACCGGACCUUAAAUUUCAGAAACGUAUCUCGGGCGUGCUGCUCGCGGUUCCGCUAACCGCGGAAUCAAGAAUUCAGAGUAGUAUGAUAUGGUAUGUUGCGGUACAUCAGUCCACCAUUUUUAUUUACACAAGUCUUAUCUAUAUCACAUUGUCGUAAAGAAGAAAAAUGAAGAUUGACGUUGAACGUAUCAAUCGAUACGUUUGAUCCAAAAAAAGAUGACGAAUAAAAAACAAUUACGUAAUAUACCAUAUCAUA